AUAGUCCAGUUCAAUGGUCGGUCAGUGUACAGUUCUUCCUCCGCGAAGCUGGAGUUGCAAGAGAUCAAUCAAACCAUGUCUAUGACUUCAUGACAUUUGAACGAGAACGAUUUUUUCUUUGCAUGUUUGAUGCAUGCGAGACUUUGCAUACAUUGAUAUGUAGCUUAAAAAAUGGCGUAUUCUCUAUUUAAAGUAAGGGUUACAUAAAGAAGAGCGCCAUGACAACUCCAACGUCUGCGGGAGAACGGCUCAUUGACUAUUUCGUUGUUUGCGGACUUGACAAUGUGUCCGGCUUGGAACCCGACCAGCUAUUAGGUGAUUCACAUCACGUUCCACCCCUUGAAAGAUCUUAUCGGGCAAAGACAUUAGCUCAUUAUCCUGAUCAUGUCCCCUGGAAUCCAUUUGAUGAACAUGCAGUUUGCAUGUUAUCACUACCGAACGGUCUUCAAUUCAAGCUCAACACAGAAACUCACAAUCCGUCAUUUCAUUCUCUUAUAACGCGCGAGGACGGCUCGAGGAUGAACGGUUCUCUCACGUUUUACGAAAAAGUGAAAGACUACGAUAUAUGUCAAGCGAUGCAGGUUCUACAAGAUAUGUAUAUUGCCGAGUUGGCGCUAUCCUCCAACAAUUCCAGGUCACAUUCUGCCGUACAUUUCCAUAGCCAUGUAGAGGGGUUUCAUUCGUACGAGCGCAAGAAUUUCCCGUCACCAACACGCAAAGGCAUUAAGUUGUACGAUUCAGAAGAACACAAUCUUCUUGUUUCCAAGUCCCUGUGUCUGGUCAUGCCUUUUCCUUUUGUGAGCGCAGCAAAAUCGUGCCUGAAUAAGAUAUAUCAGGGGGGGUUGAGUGAAGGUACACUCAGGUUAACAAUGGAAUGCUACCUCUACAAUUUGAUUUAUGAAGUGCCACUGCCUCCCCCGGGAAGGAAUCUAAAGUUUACCUGCAUUAGAGAUGACGUGUUGUGCCAAAGGCCGGGCGAGAAUGAAUUGCCCCUGUUUGAUUACCCUUUGGAAGAUGUCUUCAAUUUAAUUGGUGUGAAAGAUUUUAUAAAACUUAUUUCGUGUGUGAUGUUGGAGCAUCAGAUAUUGAUUUUGGGAUCUGACUUAUAUACAUUUAUGUUGGUCGCUGAAACCAUUGUGUCUUUAAUUUUUCCAUACAAUUGGCAACAUGUGUAUGUGCCCAUACUUCCCGCCUCUCUUCUUCAUUUCCUCGAAGCUCCCGUACCUUUCAUCAUGGGUCUAUACUGCAAGGACACAGACGACAUAGAUGAUUUUCUUCCCUCAAAGUCUCUUUGCUGUUUGGAUAUCAACAAUCGAGUUUUGACAGUUCCAGAAGAAUUACCAGACUUACCGUUCGCCGAAGAAUUGGCACGAGACCUUUCGGAAGUGCUUGUUAAAUUUAACAGCAAAAGAAUUAAAAGUGUUUCGAAAAUGGACUCCUCUACUUCACCUACAAAAAAAGAAAUUUGCUCGCAAAACCGAAAUCAAACGAACUUGAAUAUGCAAAAAUAUAAAAGUUUGACCGACAUCAAUAAUAUGGACCCAAAGUUGAACGACAUGACGAAAGCUUUGGACUCAGGCAUGAUUCGACAGUACGAGUUCAAUGCGGAGGUCGAAAUUCUUUUAAACUGGUUUAUACAGGUUUUUCUCGACUACGAAAGCUUCGUGAUUCAUCCGAAAGAUGACCAGGACGUGGAAGAAUGGAUUCAAAAUCGCAAAGAAAUGGAGAAUUUCGACAAGACUGCCUUCCUGUCCGAUCAACCAGCAACGUUUUUGUCUUUUCUUUCACCUUUCAUCGAAACACAAAUGUUUGCUUCAUUUAUCGACGCAAAACUGAUCAGUUUGUCGGAGCGUGAUUCUAGAUUCGAGUUAUUUGAUCAAAGGAUAUCUUCCAUGAAGAAUAGAUUGGACAUAAACAGAUCACAUUCCUACGAGAAAUGCCAAAGUACAAAAGCUCGGUGCAAAUAUUGUAUAGAAGAACGAACUCGGUCGACCAUACUGCUCCAAGUCCACAUGUACUUGAUGUGCCUUGGAGAUGGUUUCUUUCCCGAAUUAAUCGAAGAUGCUUUUCUCUCGACGAAUCGUCGAGCACAGAGGAUAAAUUGGCGACGUCGUGAUCGUCAACAGCACUCUGAACAUCUGUUGUUAAAUUCUGCCAUGAAACAGGAUGGAAAGAAAAUGCGUGAAAAACUUGCAGUUAGCAUAAAGAAGUACCUUCAAGAAAACGAAAAUGCCCGCAGUCCAAAGUCUCAACUCGGCGAUAUGAGUUUAAAUUCAUCUGAUGCACACAUCAACUUCAUUCAACGAUUAUUGACCGAGUGCAAAGCGAGGACGAAAAGAAUGCUGGUAAUGAAGAUGGGCCAGGAAGCGAGGGACCUGGGUCAUAAUGACGCGAAUGGAGUUGAAGAAAACAGUCUGAUUGCCGGUUUGUGUGACCUCCUGGACAGAAUCUGGGGUCAUGGGCCUUACGAUCUGAAGGCUAAAUCUCCAUUAUGGCUCCAUAUAAUGUCCUACUACAACAGUUGGGAUGGAGAUGAGAUGAUUAUGAAUGAAGGCAUCCAACUCACCCUGUCAGCGCAGUCAAGUUCUUCGCCGGUCCUUCAACAUCGCCAAUACGCCAGGCGGAGCACGUCUCCUGAACAAUCUGAAAUACGCUCGAAAGUCCUGCUGCUCGUCGUAUCCAUGGAAACCAAGGCGUUAAUGGCUGAUGUAAGAAGUGUAAAGAAUCUGACGGAAAUCAAGACUGAUAAUGGAUGUCUUCGUGCAUUUGUCAGGUUGGCCUUAGAGAAGAAAACGCUUUCAAAACAUUUGAAAACAUUACUGAAUGAUAAAGAAAUUUUAAGGAAGUUCUACAAAAAUUACGCAUUUGUUCGUACAGAAGAAGAAAGAGAACAGUUUCUCGUAUACCUAUUGUCAUUGAACGCUGUGGAAUACUUCUGUUUCACCAAUUGCUUUACAACAUUAGCCAUCACGUAUAAGGUUGUCAUAGUGACAGGAAAGCAUUUGGGUGGGAGUACGACCACGGCAAAUGUAUGGAUGAUAUUGGCUGGUGAGAUUAAAGAUACUGGAAUUAUUUAUGUACCCAAGGGCGCAUGCGAGUUUCGCUUUCAGCAUCCGAAUGUUGGAAAACUGACGACAUUACGAAUUGGUCAUGAUAACUCUGGCUACGCUCCAGGAUGGUUUGUUGAGCACGUGUUAGUUCGUAAUGAAAUCACUGGACAUUUAUACAGAUUUCCUUGUGGUCGAUGGCUAUCAAAAAGCAAUGACGAUGGUAGUACGGAGAGGUUGUUGGUUGGCGAGCUUCAAAGAAUACACAACAAUAACCAUAAUGAGGACAUGUCGUAUUCAACAUCGAAUUCUCCGCAAAGACGAUCACCGGUCAUGACGAAAAAAAAUGCAGAAAAGAAUAAAAUUUCUGUGGUUCAAGAAAACCUUGCAAAUGCUGUCAAUAAGAUCGUGAAAUACUUUUGCACAGAGGAAUCGGAAGAGAGAGGAUAUUUAACGUAUUUAUUAUGUGGUGAAAAUGGACUUUGUGACUCAUUGGAGCAGGUGUUUCAUUACGGUUUCAAGUCCUCACGUAUUUUUCAGAAGAACUUUUUCAUUUGGGAUUUUAUUGAAAAAGUAAACAUCUAUCUAAAAUCGGACGAAGGGACAUAUAUUCUAACCGAGCAGCGUCCAGCAAAGUUGUCGUUUUGCUCCAUCGUACAGAAGAUUAAUGAUGCCUCACAAACUGUAGGCAAAGAUGGAAAGGUACAAGGAUUUUCUGUUUUUCUUUUUAGGGAUCAUUCACUGGAAAAGUGGUUUCCUUUGAUCUCUAUUUGUCCUGUCACAACCAAUAUGUACGAACAGAAUUCAUUUUUACGGGAUAAAGGCUUAAUUCGGUACUUAGUGAACGUACUUGGGUCGCUGGCUGAAUACAAUAUAGUUCUAGAGGCGUCUCUCUUGAAAGGAUUAUCCUGAUAAUAUUAUGUCCUUGGCAAGUUGUGUACCAUUUUGCCCCACGGAGUGAAAAGUAUCCAUCAUUGGUGGCUGUGUUGGUCAAAACAAGAAAAGAAUUUGCAAGCGUUCCUUUGGGGUAGUGACCAUGAAGUUAAUUAUGUCGAACACUGCGAAGACACUCGAAAAAUCGGAAACAGAAGAAACACACUUUAUGCAUCGUUUAUAUUAUACAGUGGUAGGAAAUUGUUAUGCAUUAAUGGUGUUUUUUAUUACAUAGUAUUGAUGAAAUGAGAGCUUUAGAUGGUUUAUUGCUUAUGAAUUAAACGAAGAUAGUGUAGAGAGUGGUAAAUUUGUGGCUGAGUUGCUCCUAACACAAAGUUUAUAACAAAACCGAAACUUUCAGCGACAAAUCAAGUGCCUUAAAAAGAGUUACAACCUGUUCUUCUCAGCUACAUUUUUGCCUGUAUUUUUGCGUACAUUAAACUAAAAUUAAACAGAGAGAUUGAAUUAUGUGAGAAAUCGUUUGUAAUGAUUAAUUAUGUUGUUAUAGUUCUUUAGUUUUCUCUUUAUAGCUUGUUGGAUUGAAAUGUAUGGAUUUUUAUAGAUUAUUUGUAGAAUAAGAAAGAUUAAUAUAUUUGAAAAUUUCAGUUUAAUCUA